UUGUGCUGACGGAGCAGAGCCAGAGGCGCCAGGAUGGUGCUGCUGGAGAGUGAACAGUUCCUGACAGAGCUGACUAGGCUCUUCCAGAAGUGCCGGUUGUCAGGCAGCGUGUUCAUCACCCUGAAGAAGUAUGAUGGCCGAACUAAACCCAUUCCAAAGAAGGGUUCUGUGGAGGGCUUUGAGCCCUCAGACAACAAAUGUCUGUUAAGAGCUACUGAUGGGAAAAAGAAGAUCAGCACUGUGGUGAGCUCCAAAGAAGUGAAUAAGUUUCAGAUGGCUUAUUCAAACCUAUUGCGAGCUAACAGGGAUGGGCUGAAGAAGAGGGACAAAAAGAGCAAGAGUAAGAAGAGCAAAGCAGCGCAGUGGAGGGCACCAGCUUUCGCGCUUUCACCAACUAACCAGUGA